AUGUUUGAAACACCCGCGUUCACCGAAUUAGCACAGACAUUAUUAGACACGGGAGCAACACAUGGCUGGUGUAACGUGAAGGAGUUACUUCUAUCUGGUGUGACGGUGUCUCGUUUCACACAGAAGAAAUAUGAAAGUCUCAGAACAGAGCUUCUGCCAACAGUUAGGAAAGCCAUAGCUGAAGGACUGGCAUGCGGUGCAUCCACAGAUAUGUGGACAGAUGACCAUCGGAAGGUCAGUUACACCUGCAUUACACUGCAUUAUAUAGACGAUGCCUGGGAAUUUAAUACCAGGAUCAUAUGUACAUGUGCAUUUCCAUCAGGGGCAAAGAAAACGGCUUUAAACCUGAAGACAGAACUGCUCAAGCAAUUAGGUGAAUUUGGUCUAUUGCCAGAUGAGAUCGACAGACUUGUGUUUGUCAGUGACCAAGGAGCAAAUGUGCAGGCAGCGCUCUCCCGAUGGGUGCACAAAAGCUGUAUAGCACACGUACUGAAUACUGUGCUGAAGCACACCUUUAAGAAGUCUAAGGAAGGUGAUGAAGAGCAUGAUGGAGAUGAGGAAGAACUGCAAGAACCUUUUAAGCAGGCAACUGAAGAACUCAGUGGCUCAAAAUAUUGUACAAUCAACUUAGUGGCCCUCUGGAAAACCACGCUGAUGACCCACUGCCAAAUCUCACAGUCCCAAGCUGAACCAGCACCGCUCAGGAUACUGAAACACAGGUGCUUGGGUCUUUUGGCUGAACGCAUAGUUUUGGGACACCAUGAAAAGCUUGCCGUGCUGCUCUGGCCGAAAUUCAAGCAGCUUCGGAUGUUCACCACAGAAGAGAGGGAGGAAAUAUAUGAAAGUGCACGUGGAGAGUUGGCCAGCUUCCCUAAAAGAGCUACAACUGAGGUGAAUGCCCAGCAGAUGCAAGAGGAAGAGGAAGAUGAGAUGGCUGGGCCAGCACCAGCAGGACCAGAGCAAAAGUUUAGUCAGUGGGCUGACAUUGAGGAUGCUGAACUGGAUUCAGGGUGUAGGGAACGUUUGCAUCGUGCCACUUCCUUGGCUAAGGAAGCUCUCUCCUCUCAGGGUCGCAUGAAACAGCAGUACGACAGAAACGCUGUUGAGCGUCCAUAUGUGGUGGAGAGAAAAGUCUCAGAAACCGAUUAUGUCAUCCACACCCCUGAGCGCAGGAGGAAGAAGCGUUUGUGUCACAUUAACAUGUUGAAAGCUCAUCGUUCCAGGGAGAAUAAUCAAGGGGAGCUAAAAAGCAGCGUGGAAGUCGAUGUUCCCAACAUUUCUGCGUCCAUGGUUUGUGGAGUGUCCAUGGCUGCUGAAGGGGAUGAUGGUUUGACCGUGGUAUCCGAGGGGCAACAGUGUGGUAGGUUAUCUAAUACAGAGUUCUUGGCUAACGUAGAGUCACAGCUUUCCUACCUUACUGAAAUUCAGCGGGGAGACGUACUUGCCUUGUUUAACUCAUUUCCCAUGCUUUUCAGUGAUGUACCCUCUCGUACCAAUGUGUUACAGCAUGAUAUUGAUGUCGGCUCUGCUAUUCCAAUCAAGCAGCAUGCUUACAGAUGUCCUAUUGGAAAGAGAGAGUUCAUGAAAAAAGAGGCUACUUACCUGUUAGAAAAUGGUUUAGCGAAACCUAGCAGUAGCUCGUGGAGUUCGCCAUGUUUGCUGACACCGAAGUCAGAUGGUUCUUCUCGUUUCUGUACGGAUUUCAGAAAGGUUAAUGCAGUCACAGUCCCAGACUCGUUUCCAUUGCCCCGUAUGGAAGACUGCAUAGAUACCAUUGGUUCUGCUGACUUUAUCACCAAGCUGGAUCUUCUUAAGGGAUACUGGCAGGUCCCGUUGACUGAGAGAGCAUCUGAUGUAUCAGCAUUUGUGACUCCAGAUCACUUUCUCCAGUACAUCGUGAUGGCUUUUGGCAUGAGAAAUGCCCCAGCCACAUUCCAAAGGCUCAUGAACAUAGUGUUGGGAGGUGUACCCCAGUGUAAUGUGUAUUUAGAUGACAUAGUGGUCUAUUCAAAUGAUUGGGAAAGUCAUGUGGCGAGCUUAACAAUUGUGUUUGAACGGCUUGCUAAGGCAGCAUUGACGCUUAACCUAGCCAAAUGUGAUUUUGCUAGGGCUACUGUCACCUAUCUAGGGAAGCAGGUAGGACAGGGACAGGUCAAGCCGGUGGAUGCUAAAGUGGCUGCAGUAUUGGCUUAUCCCGUUCCUACAAACAGACGAGAGCUUCGACGGUUCUUGGGUAUGACAGGAUACUACAGAUGUUUUUGUAAGAACUUCUCAGUGGUAGUGGCUCCCCUUACUAAACUCUGUAGCCCAGUUAUACCGUUUGUAUGGACAAAGGAAUGUGAUUAUGCCUUUGACGCUGCUAAGUCCCUGCUGUGCAGUGCUCCGAUAUUGGCUGCGCCAAAUUUUGUUCUUCCUUUUCAGCUAGAAGUGGAUGCAAGUGGUACUGGAGCUGGAGCUGUCUUGUUGCAGGCUGCAUGUUUAGGUUCCAUGAGUGAGUACCAGCAGGUACAAGGCCAAGAGAGCUAUCCAGUUCCGGAGGCAGAAGAUGUCGUUUCUUCGGAAUUAAACGCCCACGAAACGUGCGCUACCGCCGAUCCCCAACCACCGUCCUAUUUUGACGGGCAAGCGAGCUCCAAACAAGACGCUCAUGCUGAACAUGACGAUUGCCGGGGGCAUUAUAAUCAAGCUUUGUGCUUUGCCAGGAAAAAACAUCUAAGUGGCGGGAAGCGCGUGAUAGAUGUGCCAGCGGGAACGCCAUGUCGCACACUGUCAUAUAUAAACAGUAAAGGGUCGGCUGAGUCAGAUAAUAUUUCUAUUAAAUCCACCGUCUGUGGAGAAUCAGUGGAUCAAACUCCACCUGCCCAACUAGAUGCAAAAUACGGAAAGAAAACCGGCAGUCAAGAAAACCAAAAAUCUCGUCGGGGAAGGAAACCGAGGAAACUCUUUAUUGAUAAUUUUGGUGGGUCUGAUGGACAGGUGAAAACUACCUUCAAGACGGAAGUCCGGAGAGGUCAUGCAAGUAAAGCCAGACCCACUAUAUCUGGACGAACACCAAAUAUCAGUACAAAAGUUGAGCUGAGACGAAGACUUAGGUCAGACACGAGGAAAGACCGCAAACGAUUGGUGAAAAAUUCGUGCUGUGCUUUGUGUGGUGAUGUAAAAUACACUCCUCCCCCUAGUAAGAAUCUGGCCCGUAUACUCAAUCACAGAUCGAGAGCUGGCCGCCCCAGCCCGACUGCGUUGCAGAAAGGUGCCUGUCAUAACUCAGAGUCCCAUCGGCCCCCGACCACACCGAUUUUGCGCUUUGAGAAAAACCUCAUGGUGAAACUGUGUGAUGUAGCCCGAGUGUUUGACAUAGCCUCACGUGAUUUCUCAUGUGUCUUGCCAGCGGUACUAAGACAAAAGAGGAAACGCAAAAGAGUGAGGUGCUCAAUGAAAGAAUUCAGUUUUCUCUUGCAACCUCCUCUUCAUGGCAUCAGCAAGCAAAGAAGUAGGAUUGCUAACCAAUCCUGGGAAGUUUCCACUCCAACCCAUAGCUGUGCUUCUUUCUCAUCAGGUGAUCCUCCAUCUGGAGCUACAGGCAGCACAUACAUUUCAGACACAGCAGAGACUCCAGAUGGAUCUGUAAAGAAAUGGGAUGCUUGCCUUGUAAGGAAUCCAGACUGCGAGAGGAUGAGACAGACCGACAUUGAAGGAACUGCCUCAGUACUCCCACGUUGUGAAGACAGCAGUCCUGUUGUGCGUUUCUGUGAGAAAGACAAGGCCUGUCCAAUGAAUAACAUCUCUGAAAGUCCUUCCAGCCCAGUGCGUCGUGUACCACCUUUAAUACUCAGACGAGUUACUGUCAAUGGUUUUGUUUUCAGACAUGACAAUGAGAACAGAGGUCUUUCACUGGAUGAAGAGGAGGAGGACAGAAGAAAUGAAGAUUCUGAUUGUGAAGUGAACUCACCUGAGAGUUUCUCCUGCCAGCGAACGCAAGCCUACAUAUUUUUCCCCCAAUCAUCAUGCGCUCGCACAUGCAAAAUCUGGCCCUUUCCUAGAAUGGGCCCUCCUAAUGAAAUCAGACCAUCGCAUCUAACUGGACCCCGGUGGAUUGUGACCACUCCAUUUCCUGCCACCGUUCAGACUUCUCACGGUGUAGCACCUGAAUGCUUAUCAGAUAAGGAUGUUCAAAACAAACUUUCCAAACCCACAAAGCAAAGCAAGAGCAGUCAUGAUGAAAGAGGAGCACUGGAGGGCCAACUACUUUCUUCUGCACCAGGUGAGAAGCCACCUAUUGACAUGUUAGCUGUGUUGGAAAAGACUUCAAAAAAUCCAGCACAAAGUCUUUACAGUCCCAGAGGUACAAUGACUCAAGAUAUUUUUCAUAUUUCGAAACUUGCAGAACACACCACUUACUGUGCAUUUGGUGAAAAACCACCCACUUGCACACCAGAAAGGGCUUGGAAAUGUCUAGUAGACAGUCCAAGAGUCGUAUUCUCUCAUGUUUCCAAACCAGCAGAGCUUGAGUCAAACCAAAGUCUGAAGAAAGCUUUUGAGGAUGUUCUUGAGUACUCUGCACCUGUAAUGACUGAACAGGGUAACAACUACAAACUUAAUGGUCUUGACUAUGCAGCAUCAUUAGAAGGGAACGGUAUUUUAAAAAAACAUUCCCUUCUCAAGAAGUCUAAUAAGGAAAUGCUUUCAAGUGGGUCCAACAAUCAGUCUGAUGUUCCUGUCAUCAGGGAAGAAGAUACAAAAUUGCGCAAAGAUUCGUUAAAUCCCAAAGCUGUUAGUCGUGAUGGGGUCGAAAAUUGUGGUAGACGAGUUCUCUAUAACCCAGGGUCACUCUCGCAAAUAUGUCUUAAAGUAAAAAUGCUAAAAGCUCAGCAUUCUUCUUUAGUGACAACCACCUCCUCGGUGGAGCAGGAGACCAAAAGUGUUACUCCAAAUUCAGUUGGGCAUACACCCGACAGCAACCCUGACUUUUCAGGAGAAGGGAAAAGAACGCAACUAUUUGACACCUCCUCAAUCACAGACUCCUCCUCUGAAGAUGAAAACAAGAAUUUCACUAGUCUGUCUUCAGAAGAGGAGUCAUUGAAACGUCAUGCAGCUGAGAGCUUGUUGUCUGAUGAUGAUGGGACAUGUCAGAUUAAAGAUAAAGAACAAGGCUCCACCCUUCCACCAUUUCCGGUGAUUGCAGACAGCUUCCUGGAUGUUUCUCGAGCAUAUGAAGAAGAUGUCCUUAUACUGGAUGUGAUACAGGAUGAUCCAGAGUUGUUCGGGGCUGUGGUCACUGAAACUGUGAGUAACAAAGAUGCGUCUACACAGGAGAAUGAAGAGACACAGCAAAAAUCAGAGUCGAAACUUCAAACUGGAAAUCCCUGCAAGAUUGUCUGGGAUAUAAACUCAGAUCGCACCAGCAAACCUCACCCAACUGCUGUAGACGCCAAGAUGGAAGAUUUGAAAGAUGGUGGUACUAUGAUGGUAAAGGAGACACAGAGUUACAUAGCUCAGCCUCCCCAGUGUAUAAAUACUUUAAAGUCAGAGCAUGCCACAGACUGCAAUAACCAAGAGAUGAGAGAAACAAACAAUCUGUCUGCUAUUACAGUAAAAAACACAAGAGCAACAAGUCUUGUAAUGAACACGUGCGGUAAUGGGGUUGAAGUGACUGCAAAAGAGACUUCUGCUUUGAGGAAUGUAAACAGCAGUUAUUGUUGGUACCACUUUAGUGAAUAUAGCACCUGCCUGCGAAGUGUCUGUUGGUUCCUGCACACACCAAGAGAUGGAGACGAAAAGUUCUGCAUGGAUAUAGUGAAGAAGUUCUGUCAUGUUGGUAAACGUGGUCUUAUUCUACGAGCAGGUAACAGAACUUAA